GUUCGUCCGCGGAUCGUUUCCUCGAGAGACGCGGAAUUAAUACGGCGUGCCGUAAUUCGGCUUAGCGCGGCCGAGUUUCUUCUCGGUUCGCCGCUCGCCGCGAUACAUGAUUGGCACGGCGAAUCUAACCUAUAUCCUGCAAUUCGACAUUACGUGUGCUCGCGGAACUCUCGCGUUUCUGCAGUCACGCUUGUGAUUUCUCACCUGGGGAUGCUUCACAGCGUCUGGCGCGCCACUUCUUUCCACUCCAGAUGAACGGGUUAAAGUCAACCGUAAAAGCAAUAAUUGCGGGUUUCGCAGAAUAUGGGCCUAAAAGCAGCUGUCCAAGCUCUGAAGAAAGCCGAACCAUUAAAGGACAAAGUUCAACGCUGCAAAGAUCUGUUGAACGACAAUGAUGCUUGGGUGUGUCAACAGCAGUUACAGAAGAUCUACCAACAGGUUCUUAUUCUGGAUCUGGAAUAUGCUUUGGACAGAAAGGUUGAGCAAGAGCUGUGGAACCUUGGGUUUAAAAAUUACAUAGCGACGCUUCAGUCGCAAGCUAAGGACCGGAAGAAUCCAAAGCGUGGGGAAUCGCAGGCAAUGCUCAGCUGGUGUCUAGAGGCGGCUAGUGGCUUCUACUUGACCCUGCUCCAGGAAAUAUGCACCGCUUUUGACCUGGACCUGCCAUUUAGAAGGAAGGGCUACGUAUACGGAUGCACCUCACCAUGGAAAGCAGUGGAAAAACUGUCGGCUCCCCACAAGUCGUCCUGUUUCUAUGCAUGCCAAUACUGCCUGGUACAUUUGGGAGACAUAGCUCGGUACCGAAACCAAAACAAGCAAGCAGAACUAUUCUACAGACACGCGGUCUCGUUGUCACCAUCAAGUGGUCAGCCCUACAAUCAACUGGCCCUCCUCGAAGCUUCUCGUGGAGACAAACUGGGGACAGUGUUUCACUAUGCGCGUUCAGUGGCCGUUAAACAUCCGUUUCCUGUGGCGACAGCUAACCUAGCUAAGACCUUAUCAUCGGCUCUGAACGACAGUUCUUUCAACGUCGACGGAAAAACCAAGCUGAGCUCUCAGGAAUACGUUGCAGUGUUUUUAAAGCUCCACGGUGUCCUCCACAAUCUCGGCAAUCUGACCGUCGCGUCGACCUACGUGAAGCUUUUGACAGAAACGCUGACAGCUCUGAUCGCUACGGAGAGCUUUAGUUCUUGGAGACUCGUUCAAAUGUUGGUCAUCAACUUGUACGCCUUGCAACACAUCGCGGGGAGUUCCGACAGUUCCGAGUUACUGAAGAUCGAACAGCUGAGUUCCGACGAAAAGCUGGCCAGGGACUGCAUCAUGAACCUCAUCGCUGGAAAUUUGUCCGCUCUGUUAUUACCUGUCUACACGAUCAAGAAUUCUAUCAUCGACUACUACGCGCUACCAACAAUAAAACUGUGCCUUGAUUGGAUUCGUCUGAAACCCACGGUCUUGGAGGAAGCAGCGUUCACGUCCAGGCUGCAGAUCUGGCCGAGCCUCUGCGUCCUCCUGAACGGUCUCCAGGGGAGCGUGGCGGAUUUCAAGCACGACUGUUAUAACAAAGUACCACUGCCGGAGGACCGCGACCUCCAGGGGUUCUUGCCGUUGGAGAAGACCUUCGAGUCGCUGCGGUUCACGAACACCGACCUGGAGGGCGAUACCGCGACCCUGAACAAGUUGAGGGCCGUCCGAAUACUUCACCUGGGCCGGAGGCUCGCACACUUCCAGGUGAACGGCUCGACGCUGAUCGCCCUGGUCACCGGCGAGGCCUCCGAAGAGAGGUUCACAUCCGUUACCGAGGGCACCGGGCCCAGCAACGAGUUGAUGAAGGAGCUGGAGGAGCUGACCCUGAACAAAGACCGCCAGUCGACGGUGACGGCUAGUCCGGUGCCCUCGGAAUCGGCCAGCAGCAAAGGUUCCUGGGAAGCGGACCUUUCGGAGCACGGACUGGAGAAACGAGGAGGCAUCCUGAAGCCGCAGGGCUCGCUGGAGCGAAGCCGAGACCCCGUUAACCCUGCGGAAUCCAACGUGGAGGCAAAUUCGACCCAGUCGACGCGCAAGCCCAGGCAGAACGUCGCCAUGCAGGCGAUAAUGCGCCGCGCCGAGACGGAGCAGAAGCAAGUCACCUUCAAGAACGUGUCCCCGGUGAUCAUAGAGGAGGAGACGAGUGCAAGUUCGGCGUUGACUUCGCCGAGUAAGGGAUCUCAACCGAGUCUUCGGUUACCGGGCUUGAACGGGGUGAACGCGAGUCCAGGGUUAACCGGGAGUGGACAGAGCAGACCAGGGUUGAUGCAGGUUGGGUCGGUCUCGGGCCAGCCGAUGCCUGGACAGGGUCAGGGCGGAUCGAUGCAGGGUCAGAACGUGCCACUCCAGGGUCAGAACGUGCCCCUUCAGGGGCAGAGCGUGCCUCUUCAGAGUCAGAGCGCGUCUCUUGCGGGCCAGGUCGUCCAGAAGCCCGUCAAGCUGCAGCUGAACAUACCCCAGCCGCCCUCGCAGAUGAGCCAGUUCCCCAUCGAGCAGCAGAGCUCCAACGUCGCCCAGUACUGCCAGCAGGCGCAAGGACUCCCCCAAACCUGCUACCAGAGUCCCUCCUUCAACGUGCAGAACCCUCAGUUCAACAAGAACUUCCUGACGACCCGGGCGGCCGGCAUGCCUCAGUACCAGAUGCAGAGUCAGUUUAACGGGACGCUUCAGUCGCUGCCGCAGCAGAGUUCAGCGAUGCAGCAGAACGUGGGGAUGCAGCAGAACGUCGCGCUGCAGCAGAGCGUCGCGAUGCAGCAGAACGUCGUCCAAAACAGGCAGUCCCUGCACCAGAGGAUGGCGCGGAACAUCUCCCAGAGCCCGGUUCUCCAACAGGGGAUGACCUUGUCGGCUGUGCAGGCGAACGCCGGUCUUCAGGACGUGGGGCUGCACCAGCAGACGGUGAUGCAGGCCGCGGUCAGGUCGAACGGCGUGGGGCUGCAGGGUCCGAUGGCGGUCGCGGGGCCAGGAGUCGCCGGCAGCGGGCAAGGCCCCCAGGCCGUGUCAGGGUUCGGGAAGGGACUGCAGCAGGCUGUGCCCCAGCUGGCGAACCUCCCGGGCGCCUCUAUGAGCCCCACGAGCCUGACGGGCCUCCAGCUCGGCUUUGGCCCGGGUUUUGGACAGUUCAACCAGAUGACCCAGAAGCAGAUGUCGCCGAUCGCUUACGGCAACAAGCACGCCGGCCGGUUCGCCUUCCCCGGACAGUCGGGCCCUGGCAAGAGCCCGCAGCCAGUGAACAGCUACCCGAUGUUCCACACCCAGGAGAACAAGGACUUCAGCCCUUGGAAGGACACCCAGCUGCCUCAGCCGCCCAUGGCCUGGUGGGGUUCCGGGCCUGGGCCUGCCGUCGGACAUGCCAAGGACAUGCCUGGCACCGACGCCUUCCAAAACUGGGCCAACUCCCCCGGACCCGGUGGCAUGAUCGGGAGAGUGCCUUUGACCCCUGGGAACAGCUACCAGCAGGCCCCGACCCACGCUGGGCCUUAUGCCAGGAAUUGCUUCGAGGACAACAGGCCCUUCGAGAUGGAGCAGAAGCAGCCGCACUCGCCGGGCACGGGGAACACGUACUCCCUGUUCAGCGGGAACACGUGGGGCAUGGGAUCCUCGGCGAGCUCGACCCCCUCCGGCCAGGACCAGGCGAAGGCCAGAUUGAGCCAGCAGUCCCUGUGGUCGGGCCCGGGACCCUCGCCCCUCGAGCGGCUCCUGGAGCAACAGAAAUCCCUUCGCGAGGGAGGGACCUGAAGGGACGCAGCGCCGAUCCUCGAGAAGACACAGGGGAAACUGAUUAUUCCAAAUAGCCCAACACGCGGGUCAGGUAACUAGGGCGAAUGGCGGUCGAGGCGAAGGACGAGGGUUGCUCUGCGGAAGGAGGAACUGUCGAGCGGCGACAGAAGCGUUAAAUUCAUAAGCAGUUUGUAGAAAGAGGCGUAGACCGGCCGGAGAUAACCUGGGACGUGUGCCGGAGAAGCCGACUCGGCUACGCCGAGAGGACUUUCCGGUACUUUCCACUGUCGACGAACCUCACGGGACGAGGAGCGCCUUCCUCGAGCGAGACGCAUCUAAUCUAACCUGGACGCGCCUAGGGACGGGACGAGGCGACGACCGCCGAGACGACCGCCGAAACGAGCCGACCCGGUAGGACAAGGGUGGACUCGUUCGCGAUCGGUAACACGAUUUAGUCGGCUAACUUAUGUGAAAUUAGGCGAGAUGUAAUCGUUAAGCCAUAGGGCAGCCUGCGGUAGACCCGGAGUAGAGAGGAGGGCGACGGCGACCUUUUCCUGGUUCUCGGUUCGCGACAAAAUCCACGGGACGACGAGCAGCGAGGGCUGGACGCGCGGCCUCCGCGUGGCAGGAUUUUAUUCAAGGGUCCCGCUCUCUCUUUCCUCCUUUUUUUUUUUCCUCUUUUAAUUCGGGGUCGUCACGACGUCGCCUCGGUCGGGACUCGCGUGAAUCGGGACGUCGUUGGACUUCUGGAUGUUUCUUUUUUUUUCGCGUUAAUUGCCACACUUGACGAGCAUCGGCAUCGUGCUUUGCGAUGUGCUUACGUUUCUUUGACGACACCCCUCCAAGUAGUUGUACACGGAAUAUAACAAAGUAGAUUUUAUAACGGAACUUACGCGAAACGUCGGAGGUUCGGUCGAGUAGUCCACGUAAAGAAACCCAGACUCGAUCGGCGUACACGCGCGGAGACACCUACGGACACCUGUCGGUCGCUGGAAAUUAAACUGGUAGACGGUCAGUGACAUAGCGAUAUAACUUAAGGUUUAUCGUAGCAAAAUUGCUAAAUAUAUUGAACUAUCUGCAAAUAUAUUAUGUUACGAAUGCAAUCGAA